AUGUCACAAGUAGUAGCUCCAGAGAUUAUUGAAAACCCAGAUGGUUCAAAAUCUGUGAUUACAUAUAAAGAAGAAAAUGGUGAGAAAUUUAAAAUCAUUCAAAAAAUUAGAGAAGUCAAAGUUACUGAAAAAGUCCAUAAAUCUGUUGCUGAAAGAAUGAAGUGGCAUAAAUAUGGUCUAGAAAAAAACUCACCACCAGGUCCCAAUGAUUCUACCACUCAACUAGGUGAAGAAGUAGAACUAAGAUUAAGCAGAAAUUGGAAACAAGUUGAAUUUGAAAGAACACAGAAGACAAAAGUUGCUUCUGCUAAGACACUUACUUGUAGAUUAUGUGGUAAUGAUCAUUACACUAUGAGUUGUCCAUUCAAGAAGAUCUUGAAUGAAAUAUCUGCUUUAGAAGAUCCAGCUUCAGCAGGUACUGUCACUGAAGAAGAUGCUGCUGAAUUAAAGACUGCUGAAAGUGCUGAUAAUAGUAAGGCUUCCGGUAGUCGUUCAUAUGUUCCACCAUCGUUACGUGCUGGGUCCAGAGAUCCAUCUUCUAAUGCAUACAGAGAUGCUAGAGAACGUGAUGACAUGUGUACAUUGAAGAUCAUGCAAUUGAAUGAAAAUGCUGAUGAAAAUACCUUAAGAGAAGAGUUAUUAUUUCCAUUUGCACCAAUUCCAAAAGUUGUUGUUGUUAGAAAUAAAGAAACUGGUAGAUCUAGAGGUUUUGCGUUUGUUACUUUCUCUAGUGAGGAAAUGGCUGAAAAGGCUUUACAUUUCUUGGAUGGUAGAGGUUUUAUGAAUUUAAUUUUGAAAGUUGACUGGUCUAAACCAAAGCCACCAAAAUAA